GAAUUGCAACUUUUAGGUCUGUAAUUGAGUGACCAAAGAGAUUGAAGUGUUCUCCGACUGGUUUUCGAAUGUUAUAAUUCUUGAUGUCUAAUUUGUGUCCAUUUAUUCUUUUACGUAGAGACCGUCCAGUUUGGCCAAUGUACAUGGCAGAGGGGCAUUGCUGGCACAUGAUGGCAUAUCUCACAUUGGUAGAUGUGCAGGUGAACGAGCCUCUAAUAGCGUGGCUGAUGUGAUUAGGCCCUAUGAUGGUGUCCCCCUGUGGACAGUUGGCAACGGGCUUUGUUGUAAGGAAAGUUAUUUAGGUUAGUCAAGACAGAGAGCUAACCAAGCUAGAUGAAUGAGCAAACAAACUCUGGUGUUAAAAGGCACACAUUGCAGGAGAAAUACUUGCACAUUGCAGGGGAAAUAUACCUCACAGGGUUCUAAAUUCACUCAUUAACCCAAGAAAGGGACUGGACAUUAUCACAGACAACUCAAUGAAAACUUCUGCCCAAUGCAUAACUGUGGUCAAAAACAGCUAACAGGGGUAGUAAGGAAUGGGAUGGAAAGUACUACCAAAAAUCAUAAUGAUACCUUUAUAUAAGUCUACCUCACCCUGAAUAGUGCAUGCAGUGCUGGGCACCUUAUCUCACAAAAAGAAAAGGAGGACUUGUGGCACCUUAGAAACUAACCAAUUUAUUUGAGCAUAAGCUUUCGUGAGCUACAGCUCACUUCAUCGGAUGUAUGUAGCUCACGAAAGCUUAUGCUCAAAUAAAUUGGUUAGUCUCUAAGGUGCCACAAGUCCUCCUUUUCUUUUUGCAAAUACGGACUAACACGGCUGCUACUCUGAAACUUAUCUCACAAAGGAUAGCGCAAAGCUGGAAGGGUUUCAGAGAAGAGCGAUGAGAAUGAUCAAAGGCCUGGACAAAUUCCAUAUAAAGAGAAUGAAAAGCUUGAGGAUGUUCACCUUAGAAAGGAAACAUGACAGAAGUAUAUCAAAUAAUGAAUGGCAUAGCAAAGGUGGAUGGGACUGAAAGCUUCUAUCAUCCCUGUCUUAUAACACAAGAACAAGGGGCCACUCGCUGAAAUUAAAAUGUUGGACAUUCAAAAGGAAAAUGUAAAUACUGAUUAAUUUAUUUAACACCCAGACAAACCACCAUAGCCUGUGGAACUCACUGCCACAUGACACCACUGAGACCCAAGAACAGGGUAAGAGUCAAGGUGGGGGGGGGGAGAAGGAUAUGUAUAAGAAGAGCAGGAACAUCCCGGUGAAGAUACGAGGCCCUUCCCCGCAGGCCGUGAUGGGGGCCCCCACCCCCCAGCAGCCACAGACCAGCGAGACCCCCAGAGCACAAGAACGUGCAGCCCUAUCAGCCCCUUCUUUCAGGGUGAGCUCCGGCAGCUGUGGCUCCACUAGCCAGCCCCAGCGCUUGACCCGGACCCGCCUUGCGGCCGGUAGUUCCGCAGGCUGCCGCUUCCCGGGCUGGGGGGGGGGGGGGCGGGUUUGCUCUUCACCUGCUCAGAACUCCCCGGCAGCCGCCGCCCCCCCACGCCUGGCAAAGGCAGCGCCGGGGGGGGGGGGGAGGAGGAGGAGGAGGAGGAGUCCAUUUCCCCGAGGGGGUUGGGGCGGACGGUACCAAGGGCACCCACGGCCCUACAUCGCCACCCCCUACCCCUCCAACGCCCUUUUAAAGGACACGCGCCCCGAGGCGGAAGUUCCCCUUCCUCUCCCGUGCCCUUCCUGCCCCAAUCACCGGCAGCCAGCCAGCCACCGGGACAAAAGCCCUCCUGGAAGUUGGGCUCCAUGGCGCCGUCCUGUUCCCGACGCUCUGGCGCCGCCACAUGGUCUCUAUGGCACAACCGCAACGGCUUCCAGACAGUUCUUCCGCUUCGUCUCUUCUGCUGGCCCGUGGCGCGGCGGACUUUUCCCGUUCCGAGCUCUAUGGUUUCCGGCGCUGACGCGCUAGGGGGAGGUGGCAACUCUAUUGUUCACGCGGCGGCGCUCUAGCGGAAGGCCGCGCGGCUUUGUGAUUCCUGAGACGCUCUAUGCGGACGAGGGGAGCUCCAUGGUCUCCGUAGCGGCGCUCUAGACGGUUCUCCCCGAUCUCGAUGGCUCCGCGCCGCCGGGCCGGGAGGGCGGAAGGGACGUUGCCCUUUUAAGCCAACGGGCGGCGGGCGCCGCACGAGCCGCCAUGGAGCCGGACACGUUGGAGUCGUGGAUCAACAGGGCUACGAAUCCUCUCAACAAGGAUCUGGACUGGGACAGCAUCAAUGCUUUCUGUGAGCAGCUGAAUAAGGAGCUAGAAGGUCCCCCGCUUGCCACCCGACUUUUAGCUCACAAGAUCCAGUCUCCGCAGGAAUGGGAAGCCAUCCAGGCCUUAACGGUGCUGGAGACCUGCAUGAAGAACUGCGGCAAGCGCUUCCACGACGAGGUGGGCAAGUUCCGCUUCCUCAACGAGCUCAUCAAGGUGGUGUCGCCCAAGUACCUAGGCAGCCGGACUCCUGAGAAGGUGAAGUUGAAAAUCCUGGAGCUUAUGUACAGCUGGACACUGGGUCUGCCUCAGGAAGUGAAGAUCACAGAGGCCUAUCAGAUGCUGAAGAAACAAGGAAUCGUGAAGUGCGACCCGAAGCUGCCGGACGAGGCUCCCUUGCCCCUGCCUCCCCCCCGGCCCAAGAAUAUCAUCUUUGAUGAUGAGGAGAAGUCCAAGAUGCUGGCUCGCCUGCUGAAAAGCUCCCAUUCUGAGGACCUCCGGGCUGCCAACAAGCUCAUCAAGGAAAUGGUUCAGGAGAUGUCGUUUGAAGGGGGAAGCCGCUCUGUGCCCGCUAUCGUAGCCGUCCCAGUCCCAACUUGUGGGGAGGGAGGACGUCAGACCCCCCUCACCCAUCUGCACCUCCCGCUCCAGGACCAGAAGCGAAUGGAGAAGAUCUCCAAGCGUACAAAUGCCAUCGAGGAGGUGAACAACAACGUGAAGCUGCUGACAGAGAUGGUAACCAGCUACAGCAAGGGGGAGACGACGGAGAGCAGCGAGGACCUCAUGAAGGAGCUGUACCAGCGCUGCGAGCGCAUGAGGCCCAUGCUCUUCCGGCUCGCCAGCGACACAGAGGACAAUGACGAGGCGCUAGCGGAAAUCCUGCAGGCCAAUGACAACCUGACCCAGGUGAUCAACCUGUACAAGCAGUUCGUGAGAGGAGAGGAGAUCAAUGGAGAGACUGUGGCUGGCCCCCUCCAAGGCAGCACCUCAGCACUCCUGGACCUGUCGGGACUGGACAUGCCAGCUCCGGGCCCCUCCUACCCAGCCUUACCCACCCUGUCGGGUGGCUCCAUGCUCCCUGUGCCUGACCCAGCCAGCUCCGUCUCCUUGCUGGAUGACGAGCUCAUGUCUCUCGGGCUGAAUGACCCGUCCCCCCAGGCUGUGGACAGCAGCGGCUGGAACAGUUUCCAGGAUAGCAGUGAGCCCAGCCUGCCCUCCAUCCCAGCUGCUCCCGCACGUAGAGCAGAGGCAGGAACACCCGCCCCGGGCCCUUCCCCUGUCACCAGUGGCCUGGAUGACCUGGACCUGCUGGGGAAGACUCUGUUACAACAGUCCCUGCCUCCAGAGUCGCAGCAAGUCCGAUGGGAGAAGCAGCCGCCCCCCCGGCUCACGUUACGGGACCUCCAGAACAAGACCAGCUCUGGCACCUCAGUGGCUGCCACCAGCGGCACCCCCACCCUGCUCCGGAGCAUCUCCUCAAGCCCUUCGGCCCCCCUACCCCCUCCCUUGGAGCAGCCUGCCCCUGCCACGCUUCCGAGAACCACCCCCACGCCGGCCGGAGCUAUGCCGCCCCCGCUGGGGCUCCCCACUCCCACAUCCCCCCAGGAGAUCUCGCUGGCGAACAUCACAGUGCCUCUGGAGUCCAUCAAACCGAGCAGCAUCCUCCCAGUGACGGUCUACGACCAGCACGGCUUCCGGGUCCUCUUCCACUUUGCCCGAGACUCUCUGCCCGAGCGGCCUGACAUGCUGGUGGUGGUGAUCUCCAUGCUCAGCACGGCCCCACUGCCCAUCCGCAACAUCGUCUUUCAGUCUGCUGUCCCCAAGGUGAUGAAGGUCAAGCUGCAGCCGCCCUCGGGGACAGAGCUCCCAGCAUUUAACCCCAUCGUCCACCCGACUGCCAUCACCCAAGUCCUGCUGCUCGCCAACCCGCAGAAGGAGAAAGUGAGACUACGAUACAAGCUGACCUUCACUAUGGGGGAGCAAACCUACAAUGAAAUGGGGGACGUGGACCAGUUCCCCCCUCCAGAGUCCUGGGGCAGCCUCUAGGGCCACGGCUAGGGUGCUUUUCCCGAAUCCCAAGGACUCCACAUGCCUGCAGGACUGGAGUCCCCUGGGGCUGGCGCGUUGACUCUGGAACUAGCCUCUGGGGACCAGGGCAGCAGCAGUGCGUGUGAAGGCCGGCGGAUGAGAGCAGAGCCAAGAGGAGGAGGGUGUCGGCUCAGUACAGGGUGGGGGUGGGGGAUGGAGCAAGAAGCUGCUCUGAUCAUCUUCCCUGCUCUUGUAAUCCAGCCUCCCAUCUUGCUCCUCUUCUAACCCCGCUUCCCCUUCAGCAGCAGGCGUAGCGAUCAGCUGAGAGUAACACUAACGAACCCUGGCCUGGAGGCAGAAUCCAGAGAUCCUCCUUCCUCUUCUCAUAUAGGGCCUUUGCUGCUCCCCACCCUGGAGCUGCUUCAGACUCCCCAUCCAGUCCCUACUCCUAGCAAACUCUGCUCUGGCACCUCUGGGGGUAACUCUUUGGGGGCUCCCCAUUUGCCGCCGGGCCCCAAGUUGUCUCUUCCCACCCCGUCAUGAUUCCCUACCUGCGAUGGGAUCACCCCGAGAACCCAAGUGGAGCAGGCUGAACGGGCUGGGCGAGGGGCCCUGACCACCCUUCACUGCAGAGCAGGCAUCCGUCCCUGCUGGGGGCAGGUUUCCCAGAGUCCUUGGCUCCUGCCCAGGGGCAGAGCUGUGCUGGGGAGGCUGGCUGCUCUGUGACAUGGAGGCUGUGUAAUGCCAGCAGGGAGUUCUUCAGUUCCAUGGCAUCUGGGCUGCAUCCUGGCUCCCAGCCGCUGACUCAAGCAGGGGAAGGGGGUUCUGAACUGGUCAUGCCCCGUCAGACCCUGUCCCACUGCAGCGAGUGGUCAGGGGCAUGGUGGGGCGGGGGGGGCAAUAUGCCAUAUGCGAGAAGGACUAGCAAGAAAGCAGCGUGGCCUUUUUGGGCAGCAGUGAGGAAAAGGAGCGGGUAUUAAGCAUGUCUCCACCCCUGCGCUUGGGCCAGGCUGUUCCAACCCACAGGCUCCCCUCGCCACCUGUUGCAGGAGCCUGGGGUGAGAAGCAGCUAAAGGCCCUUCUUCCACCUCGCCAUGUGAACUCCUUGGGUUGAGGGUUUUAUUUCCUUCCUCUUGUGAGGAUGGGCCAGCAGGGGAGUCCCCCCGCACCCCGCUUGUCACCUGGGAGAGUGCAGGCAGUUGCCUGAGGAAUGCAAAGGGGGACCCUGCUUCCCUGCUGGUAGAGCCCCACUUGUUGGUACAGGGGAAAGGAAAGGGGGCAUUUCUUGGCACUGUUCCCAGAGGGGCUGACUCAGUGCAGGUUAGUGAUGAGGGAGCACAGCUUCCAGUGGGCUCUUUGGAGGGAGAUGGGAAACUCCUGGUCUGUCUGACUGACAUAAGGGGCAGGUCUUUCUCCGUGCAUCAGGGAUUCCAGCAGUUCAAUCACUGUGACACAAAACUGGUAUCUGCUGGACCAUGAUGCUGUUACGGAGGGAAGCGGAUGGAUUAAUAGUUGAGCUGCAAGCAGCGUCCUUGCCCACCACACCCUCACCUUGCUGAUCAGCUUGCAGGCUGCACUAACCCCUCUUCCCCUGCCCACCCCCAGACAGGUUUCAGGCCCUAUGCUGGGAGGGCUCUGUCUAUUUCCAACUGACCUGCAUGUCAUAGGUAAAACCUCUCCCUGGAGAUGCUUUGGAAAGAGGGCUCCGGCAUAGGGACCUUGCCCAGGAAUGAGGGCUGGAUCCAAAUGUCAGAGGCCAACCAGUGGGGCUGUGCUCCUGUCUUGGGGGAACCAGAAUUGCUUGGGGGGUGGAGCAUGGAGUGGGAGGGAAGGCCUCUGUGAGGUGGGGCUCUGCUGUGUCUUAUUUUCUUUUCUGGUCUCUUUCAGGGGUUUUGUAUGGAUUUUCUUUGCAGAUCUUGUUGGUUCUCGAACAGACUUGUAUAUAUAUUUUUUCGGUGCAAAUUCUGUACAUGGAAAAGGAUUUAAAAAAACCGCCCGGCGCGAAAUCUGCUGUAUUUAUGGGAAAUAAAGAGUGUUCUUUCCUGA